UAUAUAUAUUGCAGACUCGUACACAUAGACAUAUAGUGUCAUUUUACGUCUGUAUAUGAUGUGGACGAUGACGAAUAUAAAGGCUUAUAGCCUACUGGUAUUGUAUUUCAAUACCGCUGCGGGUUCUGUGAACGUCGAGUCAGACACAAGCAAAGCAAACGAAUACCUGAUUGAAAAGUGGGAAAAGUUGUAUACUUCCAAUGAUUUCAAUCAUGAUGGCGUUCUGUCAAUGGAUGACAUUAAACUGUUUGAGAAAUUUUACAAAGAUCUUGACUACCUGAGUGACGAACACCUGACAGAAAUCGAAAAGAGAAUGGACCGGAUAUGGAGGUCUAUUAUGUUAAACAAUACGAAGGAAAUCACAAAAGUUGACUUUACAGAAAUGAUGAAGGAAAGAUAUGAAGCGGACAAAAGUAUUUUCAUUGAGAUGAUACGUGACUACAUUUCAGGCUGGUGCGAAACAAUGGACUUGAACAAUGAUUCUUUCAUUUCAAAAGAAGAAUUUCUGACUGACAUGUUUGCAUCUCAACACAAUGAUACUGCAAAAGACGAUGAAAUGUUCCUGGCUUUUAACCCUGUAAACGGACGUAUUCCUGUUGAAGAAAUAAUCAAUUAUUUCAUACGCUUUGCCACGGAAAAGAAUGAGUCGACCUCGGAUAUUUUCGAAACUGCAAUGGAUACCGGUGCUUAAAUAAUAAGUGUUUUAAACGAUUUUUUCCAGAGUUUAUUUCUUUUAAUUACUAACUUCGUGCAUAAAUGUAUAUUGCUUACUUCCAAUCACAAAGGAACUUACUUUGAUUUGUAAUUCAUUGAGAAAUUAAUUAACCUAAAAAAAUUAUGGAGGGCGAUAUCAGCCAAAAGUAUAAGUAUCUUGAUGACAUGUUAUAUCUGAAUUUAACUAAUCCAUGUGUGUUGAUAGCAUUCUUAUUUAUACAUAUUAUAUUUGUCCAUCUUCUAUGUAUAUUAAGAGGCUAUUUUUUCGUUUGAGUGAAAUAUGGAAUAUAUUUUCAUGAAACAUGAUAAAAUGCCACAUAUUUUCACGAGCCGGGACCUUUUUAUUUAAUUUCAUUAUCAAAGAAAAAAUGUUACGAACCCUAUUGCCUGCUACGCAACUGCAAAUGUACAGCGCGCAGACAUAUAUAAUUUCGUCUUAUUUUGCACGCGAUAUUUGGCGCUACAUUGUGACGUCACGUAAACAACUGUAAACGUCUGUAUCCAGAACUGGUAUCAUUGUUUUUGAUUUAAGUAUUGUGUAAAAAGAAAAAAAUGUUGUGUAGAAUACAUACUUUAUAAUAGCGUCAAAUUAUUUGUCGUGUAUGUUUCAUGACAAAUGCAAAGUGAAAACUGCUUGUAUGUUUCGUUAAUAUUAUAUAUUCUGUGUGAUUAUUAAAUUCUUUGCUUACGCCAAUAAAAUUUUAGAAAACGUUUUAUGUCCUUUUUCAGACAAAAGAGACAGGUGCAUACAUUACAUGUAAACGUUGGAAAAUGGCUAAUAUUUCUAAAAAUAAUAGUUUAUUCAUUGUAUUUUAUAUCUAAUCAAAUUAAAAAUAUCAUGUAUA